AUGCGUGUUGCACUGCGACCACGCAGUGGUUGCUUGGUGCUCUGCCUGGGUCUGUCUGCCUUCUCGCUACUGCUGCAGAGCCUCUGGGUGCCACUGGAAAUAUCCAAAGAUGACCCUGUUGGGAGGUCCCCUGCUGAGGAUCGGGGUCUGGGUUUUCGCAGGCUGGCUCUUCGCUUAGAGGCUCUUAGUACUCAAGUGCAGAGGCUGAGCAGAGAGCGAGAUGCUAAGAGGACCUCAGAGGAUCUCCAUAUGCUUCUGCAGAGCUUUAGACAGGACCAGCAAGGCUUGGCCCGCUUGGUGGAGAAGGAGCUGAACAGGGUUUCCCAGAGACUGGACCAGUUCAAUCAUCAUCAGCGCCAGCCUCACACCCCGCCGACACGUGAGAAUCAAGGAAAGCACACAGGUGUGAAUGAGACGUGUGUGGUGCCCGUGGAUACUGCAUAUCCAGUGUGUGCAGAGAAAGUUGCGUUCUUGCAGGCCAAAUGGCAGUCAGACCCCUGCUAUGCCUUUUACGACGUGGAUGGCACCGCCUGCUCCAUACUAACUUACCUCAGCCAAAUAGAGAACUUCUGCCCCCCUCAACCUGGCCGGAACCACUCUACUCCCACUUGGCAUCAGAGAGCUCAGCCCGACACAAAGAAGGCGGCGAUACGCACAAGCAUGAGUUCACUCUAUGAAGUCAUCAACAACAGCAGCGGCCCUGCAGUCAGAUUCAUGCGCUCCAGAGUGGAAAUGAUGUCAGAGUGCUGGAGACAGGCUGCUCUCACGAUGAGACAGCAAAACAACAAGACACAUUCAUCUCUCAUGAGGGUACUGCUUUAUCCCGGCGCUCUCGCUGGGGGUGCAGGCCAACAUUUUGAAGCUAUGCUGGAAAGAGGUGGUCCUCUUGGAGAGCUGGUUCAGUGGGCAGACCUUAGUGCCUGUUUGACCAUACUGGGCCACAAUGUGAGCCUCACCACUUCGCAGUAUCACCUCCACAGACUUAUAGGUGCUGCUCCUGGCCGAGGCAGCUGUCCGAUCAAGGGUCCCUUGUCGUUUGACCUCAUCUAUACUGACUAUCACGGUCUUGCUCACCUUCGAGGGGCCAUGGGACUGGCUUUCCAAUAUUACCAGUGCCGCUUCAGAAUUCUGGACUCGUUUGGCACUGAACCAGCCUUUAACUUGGGCAGUUAUGCUCAGCCCCAUGGAUUUAAAACACUUUGGGGUAGCUGGGGCCUCCAACCUCUGCAGUACAUGACCAUGUUCCCGCAUACACCUGAUAACUCCUUCCUGGGCUUUGUAAGUGAGGAUGCAGUGAGGGCGCAGGAGUCCGACCUCAACAGGAAGGAGAAGAUUGCCGUCAUCUAUGGCAAACAGGAAUACAUGUGGCAGGGACUUUCAGAGUAUGUCAAGGUGAUCAGCGAAGAGCUGGAGACCCAUGCCACUGUCUACCAGCCACCCGGACACGUCUCCACCUUACCCAGCUUCGUAAGAAACCACGGCCUGCUCUCUCAGCGACACUUCCUGAGACUCCUCCGCAGAGCUAAGGUUUUCGUAGGUCUCGGUUUCCCCUAUGAGGGUCCAGCUCCCAUCGAGGCCAUUGCUCUUGGUUGCGUCUUCCUACAGCCACGGCUGAACCCGCCUCACUCCUCAGACAAUAACAACUUCUACAAAGGAAAACCCACAACUAGAAAGAUCUCCUCCCAGCACCCGUACGCUGAAAAAUCCAUUGGCAGACCUCACGUGUGGACUGUGGAUGUGACCAACAAGACGCAAGUACGGGCAGCAGUCAAAGAAAUUCUACGCACGGAGGUGAAGCCUCUAACUCCUCGAGAGUUCUCUUGUGAGGGAAUGCUGGACCGGGUUCAUCAUUAUAUCACUCAGCAGAGUUUCUGCACUCCAUCAGUCGCCACGUGGCCUCCCGAAAGUGUGCUAAGGCUGCACAUGGGUCCCCUCGGUCAGUCAUGUGUAAGCGUGUGUAAGCGCGCCUCGCUGGUGUGUGAACCCUCGCAGUUUCACCACCUCAACAAUCCCGACGUGUUCGCAAGGCUUGCAAUCGGUUGUUCCAGCAUGACCAAGGAAGUCAAUCACAUCUUCCCCGCUUACACACCGUGGGGUCGACACUGUCGCCUCCAGCAGGAACCGCUGUUGUUCAGCUGUGCCGGCUCAGACCCUUCUCACCGCCGCCUGUGUCCGUGCAGAAUUUACCAACCUGGACAGGUGGCACUCAGUCCUGACUCAAUCCCGGACUUGUAGAACAGUUUUUACCCAACAUUUACUGAGCUAAUAUACAUAUUAUUUUACAUUGGAAAAUUGUCACGGCACAUCACCAAACAAAAAUGUCAUUAAAAGUGGCUACACCGGUUAAUUAUGCACCUUCUGCCACCAAGUGGAACAGCAUCUUAUUGUUCUGCUUGUCACUAUUCGUAGCUGGCAUAGAAAGACGAACAAAGAUACAUAUAUUGUAGUAAAUAUAAUUGGGAGCAAUUAGGUGAAAUUUGAUAAUUUCCCACAGGAAUCUCUCAUGGUAAUCACUGCUAAAUUGGACAACAGGAAGUUAACAGAUGCUGUGUCCAAUUAUCAUGCAUUUUGGUUCUUGUGCCUUCAUGAGAUGCAAAUGUACCCAGGCCUACAACACUAUAUACUGCAAAGAACUAAACUCUAACCAAGCUUAAAGAUCUCAAAUCAAGACAAAAUAUGCUUGUUCUUCUUUGUCUGCCAAGAUGUUUCCUCUGACCAUUUUUUUUUUGUGUGUAAGAUUAUUUCACUUCCACCAUUUUUCCCUGAAAGAGCUUGAUAAGGUAUUAUAACAUCUUAUUGAGUUUUUUGUUACCGGUUAUGAGUAAAGUUUAGCUUAAAAUAAGAAACGGAGUGCUACCUUGACUUGUGAGUGACCCUACUACAGUCUUCAAAAAAGAAAAAAAAAGAAAAAAGAGGCUUCAACUUUCAGUUGAUGUUUGUCAUACUAAACAUAAAACAAAGAGAAUUACACUUUGUGUCUUUUAAGCAACCACACACCUUUGCCUUAGGAAUGUCUGCUAGCUUAAUGCUAACACACAUUUAAGCAACAGAUAUUUGAUCACAAAUGAUAGCAACAUUUAUUCUCUGCAAAAAAAAGGCCAUGACUGCAGCUUAGUCAGUCACUUAGUUGUGAAACUCUUCUUUGUUUGUGUCUAUUAUACUGCCCCUUGUUGGCCAAGGUGUGCACACCAAAAUGAGUCUAAUGUGGGGCUGGAACGGAUUAAUGGCUACGAGUGUGCUCACAGAACAAAUUAAGCUUAAAUCAAGAUGCCACUGUACCAUAAUUCUAUGGGUGUAAGUCGAAUAAAUACACUACUUUAAAGAAAUCGCUGUGUUGCUUUAAGGGCAACUGUUUACUUGUUUUAAGUAAUUUUGCCAAGUCAAAAUUUCAUGUUCUAUUAGCAGACAAUUUUCAUUCACUGCCACUCAUGUUGUGAGAGGUCAAAU